AUGUUACGGAGGGGGUGCUGUGUGGAGCUGCUGCUGCUGCUGCUGGCUGGGGAGUUGCCCCUGGGUGGCAGCUGCCCGCGGGACUGUGUAUGCUACCCGGCGCCCAUGACAGUCAGCUGCCAGGCACACAACUUUGCUGCCAUCCCCGAGGGCAUCCCCGAGGACAGCGAGCGUAUCUUCCUGCAGAACAACCGCAUCAGCCUCCUCCGGCAGGGCCAUUUCAGCCCUGCUAUGGUCACCCUAUGGAUCUACUCCAACAACAUCACCUUCAUUGACCCCAACACUUUCGAGGGCUUUGUGCACCUGGAGGAGCUGGACCUUGGUGACAACCGGCACCUGCGGACACUGGCACCCGAGACCUUCCAGGGCCUGGUGAAGCUUCACGCCCUCUACCUCUAUAAGUGCGGGCUCAGUGCCCUGCCAGCGGGCAUCUUUGGCGGCCUGCACAGCCUGCAGUACCUCUACCUGCAGGAAAACCACAUCGAGUACCUCCAGGACGACAUCUUUGUGGACCUGGUCAACCUCAGCCACCUGUUUCUCCACGGCAACAAGCUAUGGAGCUUGGGCCAGGACACCUUCCGGGGCCUGGUGAACCUGGACCGGCUGCUGCUACAUGAGAACCAGCUGCAGUGGGUCCACCACAAGGCUUUCCACGACCUCCGCAGGCUGACCACCCUCUUUCUCUUCAACAACAGCCUCACGGAGCUACAGGGCGACUGUCUGGCCCCCCUUGGGGCCCUGGAGUUCCUCCGCCUCAAUGGGAACGCCUGGGACUGUGGCUGCCGGGCGCUCUCCCUGUGGGAAUGGCUGCGGAGGUUCCGAGGCUCCAGCUCUGCCGUUCCCUGCGCGUCCCCUGAGCUGCGGCAUGGCCAGGACCUGAAGCUACUGAGGGCCGAGGACUUCCGGAACUGCACAGGGCCAGCGUCCCCACACCAGAUCAAGUCGCACACGCUUACCACCACCGACAGGGCCGCCCGCAAGGAGCACCAUCCACCCUACGGCUCCGCCAGGGACAAGGGCCACCCACACGGCCAUCUGCCCAGCUCCCGACCAGGCUACAAGAAGCCAGGCAAGAACUGCACGAGCCACAGGAACCGCAACCAGAUCUCUAAGACAGGAACCGGGAAACAGGCCCACGAGCUGCAGGACUAUGCCCCCGACUACCAGCACAAGUUCAGCUUUGACAUCAUGCCUACGGCACGACCCAAGAGGAAGGGCAAGUGUGCCCGCAGGACCCCCAUCCGUGCCCCCAGCGGGGUGCAGCAGGCCUCCUCUGGGAGUUCCCUGGGAGCCUCGCUCCUGGCCUGGAUACUGGGGCUGGUGGUCACUCUCCGCUGA